CCCCCCACUUCCGGCCGGAGACUCAGCCCACGAGGAGUCUGGAAAUUUGCGGCGGGAUCCCGACUGCGCCUGCGUAUUGUCGCGUUGGGCGUGGAACCUGGCGGGCGAGGCCGGGAGCGCCGGAAAAGGUGGCGCUGGAUCCAGACCUGGAGUGACUUGCCGGGGCGUCGCCUGCCGCGCGAGGGGGCUCCAAGCCCGGAGCGCGGGCUCUGUCCCACGGAAGGGCCGGCGGCUGUGAGGUGGGAGUCAGGGCCUCGUGCUCCCCGAAUGCAAACAGAGCAGAGGAGAACCGAGUGCCGGCUGUCCCGUUCGCUGGCGCCCUGCACACCUGCACGUGGCACUCGGGCCCGGGCGGGGCGGGCGAGGUGGAGAGCAGCGCGGGAUCUGCAGAGCCCGGGAGCCGAGUUCAGCACCGGUUCCCGGGCGUGAGUCUGCUGACCUGGGGCAAGUGCUCUGGCUGCCUAGGUUUGCAGAGGACUGUAUUGCGGCAGCCUCUCCAAUGCCUUGGAGAGUUAGAGGUACACUGCUUUUCUGAAAAGAUCAACCAUGACAGGAAACUCUCCGUGCAGCUGCCUACUGGCGAAACCUCAGAAGGCACUGAAAUAGUAUUCAGUUCUACGGGGCACUCCGAGGGAUCAAGCUAUGGUGAAAAAUGUUCCGAAAAGGCAAAAAGCGACACAGUAGUAGCAGUUCCCAAAGCAGUGAAAUCAGUACGAAGAGCAAGUCUGUAGAUUCCAGCCUCGGGGGCCUUUCUCGCUCCAGCACUGUGGCCAGCCUUGAUACUGAUUCCACCAAGAGCUCAGGACAGAGCAAUAAUACUUCAGAUACCUGUGCCGAAUUUCGAAUCAAGUAUGUUGGUGCCAUUGAGAAACUGAGGCUGUCUGAGGGAGAAAGUCUCGAAGGACCUCUAGACCUGAUCAAUUACAUAGAUGUUGCCCAGCAAGAUGGAAAGUUACCUUUUGUUCCUUUGGAGGAAGAAUUUAUCAUGGGAGUUUCCAAGUACGGCAUAAAAGUAUCAACAUCAGAUCAGUAUGACGUCCUGCACAGGCACGCCCUGUAUCUGAUCAUCCGGAUGGUGUGUUACGACGAUGGUCUCGGGGCAGGAAAGAGCUUGCUGGCUCUCAAGACCACAGAUGCGAGCAACGAAGAAUGUAGCCUCUGGGUCUAUCAGUGUCAUAGCCUGGAACAAGCACAAGCAAUCUGCAAAGUUUUGUCCACUGCUUUUGACUCUGUAUUGACAUCUGAGAAAUCCUGAAUUCUGCAGUCACGUGGAAGUCAGCCUCGUGUGAAAGCUGAACUGUUCCAAUCUGCAGUGUCGAACCAUUGAACCGUUGUGGAAAUACAAAGCAAUACCUUGCUCUAGAUUUUUUCAGAAGAAAAUCCAAUGUAUGACAUACCAAUAUUUGCUUUUCUAUUAAAAUGUGUCUUAAUAGCAACGAGUAAAUUC